AUGACCGCCACCAAAGCGAAGCGCCCAAGGAAGGAGGAGUGCAGGGGGGUGGCGGGGCGGGGAGAAGAGGGAGCAGUGGGAGGGAUGCAAGGCAGGAGUGGGAGGGGUGAGGAGGAGCGACAGCGAGGAGGAGAGGAGAAAAGGGCGCUGCGGUGCGGCGGGAGGAAGCGCGCGAGGUCGCCGCGCCGCCGCUCGCGGCGGAGGCAGCCAGGUGAGCCCGAGAUGCCGCUGCCGCCGCCCCUGCUGCUGCUGCUGCUGGGACCGCUCGGUCCCUUCUCCCCGCGCGCCCUGGCGGGACCCGCGCAGGCUGACACCGUGGAGCUGGACUUCUCCACCGAGCGGCCGGUGCACCUGGUGAGCCCCGCCUUCCUGUCCUUCACCAUCGACGCCAACCUGGCCACGGACCCGCGGUUCCUCACCUUCCUGGGUUCUCCAAAGCUUCGUACUUUGGCCAGGGGCCUGUCUCCUGCGUACCUGAGAUUUGGUGGCACCAAGACGGACUUUCUAAUUUUUGAUCCCAAGAAGGAACCAACCUUUGAAGAGAGAAGUUACUGGCAAUCUCAAGUCAACCAGGAUGUUUGCAAGUCUGGAUCCAUCCCUUCUGAUGUGGAGAAGAGCUUACGGUUGGAAUGGCCCUUCCAGGAGCAAUUUCUCCUCAGAAACCAGUAUCAGAAAAAGUGGAAGGACAGCACCUACUCAAGAAGCUCAGUAGAUAUGCUCUAUACCUUUGCAAAUUGCUCCGGACUGGACUUGAUCUUUGGUCUAAAUGCAUUACUGCGAACAGCAGAUUUGCGGUGGAACAGUUCUAAUGCUCAGCUGCUCCUGGACUACUGCUCUUCCAAGAGUUAUAACAUUUCUUGGGAACUAGGCAAUGAACCUAACAGUUUCUGGAAGAAGGCUGGUAUUUUCAUCGAUGGAUUACAGUUAGGAGAAGAUUUUAUUGAGUUGCAUAAACUUCUAGGAAAAUUCACUUUCAAAAAUGCAAAACUCUAUGGUCCUGAUGUUGGCCAGCCUCGAGGAAAGACAGUUAAGAUGCUGAGGAGCUUCCUGAAGGCUGGGGGAGAAGUGAUUGAUUCAGUUACAUGGCAUCACUACUACUUGAAUGGACGAAUUGCUACCAAAGAAGAUUUUCUAAACCCUGAUGUGUUGGACACUUUCAUUUUGUCCGUGCAAAAAAUUUUCCAGGUUGUUGAGGAGACCAGACCCCACAAGAAGGUUUGGUUAGGAGAAACAAGCUCUGCGUACGGGGGUGGAGCGCCCUUGCUGUCCAACUCCUUUGCGGCUGGCUUUAUGUGGCUGGAUAAAUUGGGCCUGUCGGCUAGAAUGGGCAUAGAAGUGGUGAUGAGGCAAGUGUUGUUCGGAGCCGGGAACUACCACUUGGUGGAUGAAAACUUCGAACCUUUACCUGAUUAUUGGCUCUCUCUUCUGUUCAAGAAACUGGUGGGCACCAAUGUUUUAAUGGCAAGAGUGAAAAGUCCAGAGAGAAACAAACUUCGAGUAUACCUUCAUUGCACAAACAUCAACCACCCAAGGUAUAAAGAAGGAGACUUAACUCUGUAUGCCUUAAACCUCCAUAAUGUCACCAAGUACUUGCAGUUACCACAUCAUUUAUUUCGCAAGCAAGUGGACAAAUACCUCAUAAAACCUUCAGGACCUGAGGGGUUACUUUCCAAAUCUGUCCAACUCAACGGUCAAACUCUGAAAAUGGUGGAUGACCAAACCCUGCCAGCUUUGACAGAGAAGCCUCUCCGCCCAGGAAGUUCACUGGGCUUGCCAGCUUUCUCAUACGGGUUUUUUGUGAUCAGAAAUGCCAAAGUUACUGCUUGCAUCUGAAAAUGAAAAGCAUACACUAGCCCUGAGAUUGCAUUUUUCAAGUGUACCGACAAGAGGAAAGCAAAACUCAAGCUAUAGGAAACCAAGCAGAUACAUUACGGAUCAACCAGUGGGAGCUUUAGGGACCCUGGGACACUCAGUGCCAGAUUCAGCACGGGAGAGUAGAGCACUGCUGAUAACAAUACCUUGUGCCAAACACUGUGCUUAGUUCUUUGCAUGUACUGGUUUUAUUUAAGGUUAUGAAAAAUGUAUAUGAAUGCUUCUGAUACAGCCAGGAGGCAAGUAAGUGAAGGAUAUAUUAUUAGUUGUAAAAAGGUGCUUAGUUGUUUUUAUUUUUAAAAGCAGUUAUUAGAAGAUUAUUGGAUUCUUACUCUAUACGCUAUUUCUACGGGCUCCCAUCAGAAAAAGUUUACUGCCACCACCUUCAAAUUGUCUGUGAAAGAGAGACGAUCCCUUUGCACCUUAACAGAGAGCUAGAUUCAGCUGCUGCUUCUGUUCUAUCUGUUCUGUUUGUCUUUGUCAGCAAUACUGUGUAGAGGACAGAUGGUUAGAUGUGCAAGUAUAAAAAAAGAUUAAUGACAAUUCAGAGGGAAGGGAUUACGUAAACUUUAAAUGAAAUAAUAAAAUGACAGUAAGUAAAAUUGAUUUACCAAGAGGAGAAAGUUUAAUUCAAUACAUUAUAGCCAUCUGUAAAUGUUUGCUUUUAAUCUACCUUUAGCUCUUGUUUUAGUUGGGAAGCUUUUGGCUGCAAGUAAGAGAAAACCUUGAUUCAAAUGGCUUAAACAAUAAGAACAUUUAUAAUCUCACAUGACAAGAAGGUAAAGUGGGCGGGGUCCACAACUCAGUAUGUCACCAAGGAACCAGGUUCUUUCCAUCUCUCUGCUCUGUCACCUUUAGUGUUGGCUUCAUUCUUAACCUGGUGCCACGAUGGCUGUAGGUAUUCCAUGGACCCAUUCAGACCUGGCAGCAGCCAAAGAAAGAAGAUGAGUAACUUUUUCUUCAUAGACUUGAAGAACCCUUUCUCAGAGGUUCUCUCAGCAAACCUGUCCUCAUGUCUCCUCAUGUCUUAUGGUCAGGAAUGGGUCAUGUGGCCAUUCUCCCCAACUACUGCCAACAACAGUGAGAUUCCUCUAAUGGUCUCCUACCAAUCUUUUGGAACAGAGAGGGUGUUGGGAAGUCCAUGGCGCUGACCACUACAGUUCUGUGCUUUUUAUCAAUGACAGAAUAUAUUAUUUUCUCCCGUAUCUUAAUUUUUAGAAAUAUAAUCCUCUUUAUAUUUAUGCCCACUAUGAAUAUUGUCUCAAUUAAAUUUAAGUCCAUUUAUAAGGAGCUAAAGCUGGAACUUAAAGUUUGGAUGCUUCAAUACCCUUAAAUUUUAUAUGUAAGUGGUUUUUGUAUUUUCACACUUAAAAUAAAUCAGUUUUUAUAACUUCA